CGGGUGAAUCACGCUGAUUGUAACCCAAGUGCAGGUCGUUACCUUCCGGAGACGGAUGCUCCGUGGCGUUCCUUUUCUUGGAUAAUGUCUGCCGUGAGUUUCCGGCAGUUGAGGAAACGAGGAAAACGUCAGAGAUCUGCCCGCGAUAUUCAAGAUUUGUCACGACAUCAUCUGAGAGGUUAGCACUAGAGCGAGUCUCACAAACGAGGAACACCAUCGCAACGGAAGCAUCAGAUCAGAAGCUGGGCUAGCAGCCACACAUCUGACAUCGCCCAUGGCCACGGCCACGGCCACGAACGGCCACUCAGAGCCCGGCAGGGAGAAGAAACACCAUGUGGCCACGACGCUCAAUUACUGGGACGACCCCGGCGAUGGCCUGCCGCCCACGCCCAUCUUCAUCGGCAAAGGGAAAGUCACCAACAAGCGGCCGCACCGGGCCCACCCGUUCCUAGUGACCGACAUCACCGGCGACGAGGACCAGUACACGCUCGACCAGCACGGCUUCCAGUACUGCCAGCACUCGAGCCGCGAGCGCGACUUCACUGACGAGCAAGCCAUCCGCUCCGUCUACUACGACGAGUGCCGUCAGCUCCUCCGCACCAUCACGGGCGCGCGCCGCGUGCACAUCUUCAACCACAAGGUGCGCCGCGGGCCGACACAGUGGCACCACCUCGGCCUGAACGGGCAGAACCUCGCCAGCCGCGGGCCCGUGACCCGGACACACGUGGACCAGUCGUACGCCGGCGCCGAGCUGCGCCUGCGGCGGGAGUUCCCCGACCGGGACGAGGCCGACGCGCUGGUGCGGCGGCGCUACCAGAUCAUCAACGUGUGGCGGCCGAUCGCGACGGUCCUGCGGGACCCGAUCGCGGUGGCCGACGCCCGCUCGGUGCCGGACGCGGACCUGGUCGCGGCCGAGAUGGUCGAGGACGACUUCCGCGGCGAGUCGUGGGUGGUCCGGCACAACCCGGACCACCGGUGGUACUUCAAGUUCCGCAUGACGCCGCGCGACGUGCUGCUCAUCAAGUGCUUCGACUCGGACGCGUCCGGCGCCGUGGCGCGCAGGGCGCUGCACUCGGCCUUUGAGGACCCGGCGUACCGCGAUGGAGUGGUGGCCCGCCAGAGCAUCGAGGUCAGGUGUCUGGUCUGCUACUGAGCCGUUCGUUUACCUAGUACUGCUCUGCUUCCUUUGCCCGCAUUGUAAGGCAUUAGUCCAUAAGUCCCCAGUUGUCAGCUGGCUAGAUAACGGUAGUCUGAUGGGCCCAGGAAACCAACACUGUUCCAAGUACAAUACCAGCUCGGAAAAAAUAAAGUGGUUAGAUAUUGGGAAUGCUCAUCAUUACGCAUGCUUCUCUGCGAGUUCCUUGCGAUCUCCACGGACUGCAACACACCACGUAAACAAGCCAAGAUGCGGGGGGCGUCAGGUGUACCGAACGGCAAUGCGACCUAAUCUCUGGAAGGCCUGUUAUCGUACCUACAUAAUGAACC